CAGUUCUUUCCGGCGGCUCCGUUGCGGCUAGCGCUGCUCAGCCAGGAGGCUCCUUCCUCGCGCGCACCAGCAUGGCGACGGAUUCCUGGGCUCUGGCGGUGGACGAGCAGGAAGCGGCGGCGGAGUCGAUGAGCAACUUGCACCUGAAGGACGAGAAAUCCAAGCCAGACUCUAAUGGAGCAGUUCUCAAGACAGAUGACAAUACGGAGAAGGUUGAAGAGGAGGAAAAAGAGGACCGAGCCGCCCAGUCGUUGCUCAACAAGCUGAUCCGCAGCAACCUGGUGGACAACACGAACCAAGUGGAGGUUUUGCAGAGGGAUCCUACGUCGCCCCUCUACUCCGUGAAGUCUUUCGAGGAGCUGCGGCUGAAGCCACAGCUGCUGCAGGGUGUCUAUGCCAUGGGUUUCAACAGACCAUCCAAAAUCCAAGAGAACGCAUUGCCCAUGAUGCUGGCAGAACCUCCACAGAACCUGAUUGCGCAGUCACAGUCUGGUACCGGUAAGACGGCAGCUUUUGUCUUGGCGAUGCUUAGCAGAGUGGAGCCGGAGCACAGAUACCCCCAGUGUCUCUGCCUCUCUCCAACCUACGAGCUGGCUCUUCAGACAGGGAAGGUGAUCGAGCAGAUGGGCAGGUUUUAUCCAGAGCUGAAGCUGGCCUACGCGGUUCGAGGCAACAAACUGGAGCGUGGCCAGAAGAUUGCUGAGCAGAUUGUCAUUGGCACGCCUGGCACCGUCCUGGAUUGGUGCUCCAAGCUGAAAUUCAUUGACCCCAAGAAGAUCAAAGUCUUUGUCUUGGAUGAGGCCGAUGUCAUGAUAGCCACCCAGGGUCACCAGGAUCAGAGCAUCCGCAUCCAGAGGAUGCUUCCCAAAGACUGCCAGAUGUUGCUCUUCUCAGCCACGUUUGAAGACUCUGUGUGGAAGUUUGCCCAGAAAGUUGUCCCCGACCCCAACAUCAUCAAGCUGAAGCGGGAGGAGGAGACUCUGGACACCAUCAAGCAGUAUUACGUCCUGUGCAACAGCCGUGAGGAGAAAUUCCAUGCCCUCUGCAACAUCUAUGGCGCCAUCACAAUUGCACAAGCCAUGAUCUUCUGCCACACUCGCAAAACAGCUGGCUGGCUAGCUGGGGAGCUCUCCAAGGAGGGCCACCAGGUGGCUCUCUUGAGUGGCGAGAUGAUGGUGGAGCAGCGUGCCGCGGUGAUCGAUCGCUUCCGGGAGGGCAAGGAGAAAGUGUUGGUGACUACGAAUGUCUGUGCCCGAGGGAUCGACGUGGAGCAGGUCUCUGUCGUCAUCAACUUUGACCUUCCAGUGGAUAAAGAUGGGAAUCCAGACAACGAGACAUAUCUUCACCGCAUUGGCCGCACAGGACGUUUUGGCAAGCGGGGCCUGGCCAUCAACAUGGUGGACAGCAAGCACAGUUUGAACAUCCUCAACAGGAUCCAGGAACAUUUCAACAAGAAAAUUCACAAGCUGGAUACAGACGAUUUGGAUGAAAUUGAGAAAAUAGCAAAUUGAAGCCCGGUUGCCGGAAUUGGUGCACAAUCCCUCCCACGGUAGCACUCCUACUGCAAUUGGAUCGCAUCCUGAUUGGCACACGUCUUAGCCAGUCACACGCAAAGGGACUUUUUAAAGAUAACAAAUACACAGAAAUUACCUCAACUUUAAAAAAGAAAAAAAAAGAGUGUGGCUGGACUUGAUUUUUAAAGAAGUACAAACUUUGGAGAAAGAAGAAAUGUUUACAACAAAUUUUAACUUCCUUUUUUAUUUUUUAGUUUAGCCUUAAAAUGGGAAGAUAUCUUAAAUUCUAAAGAUGAUGCCAAAAACAUAGCCAAUCACUUAGAGGAAAGAAUCAGACACACCUGCUUUGAUCUCUGUCAAGAGAGGAGCAACAUUUUAACCAUGGCCAAGCGGUAUAUUAAAUGUUCCAGCAACCCAGUUGUAUAUAGAGAGGACCUUCUGUUCUUUGAUGGAGAGAGCUCGGAAAUCUGGCAAAAACGAGUUUUUGUGAAAUGGCGUUUUUCACUUAGAGCUUUCUGUUUCCUAGAUCUCUGCAGAUCACACUGCUAAUUCCUUAGAUAGGUGGUCCAAAGGUAAUUGCUCUUCAGUAGGCUGAACAAUCACCUGACUUUUAACUUCUCCCUUGCAAGGAACAUGGCCUAGGAACUGUAUUCUAACCUGCUGACCUGCAGAAGCUUUUGGACUCCAAACUCGCAGCAGGCAGCAUGGGUGCUGUAGUCAAAAUAUGAUGGGUGUGAUAGUCCAACUGCAUCUAGGGAGGUCCUAUACUGACCACCCCUGUUCUAUGGAGUCUUGAGAUCCUCAGUCACCACGCAGGACUGCCCAGAGCGGCUUGAGGGGAGAGCUGUUGCUUUUGAAUAUGUUUUUUGUUCACAGGGUUGGCAGAGGCAGUGUCUGCUGUAGAUUUUGGAAGGUCAGGCACCCUUUGUGAGCCUGCCUCCUCAUUGCUUCAGGUCCAGGAGUCUCUUUUGGCUCUCAGCAAAUGCAUGGUCAUGCCAGCCUUUGUGGUACCCCUGGAGCUGUCUUUGUAUUUAAAAUGCCGUUGUGGCGAAGGAUGCCAAUUUAGCACAGUGGAUGUAGGGUGUAUUAUCAGUUCUGCCAUACCAGAAAAGACAACCUGUACUACUUCGGUCAGGAAAAGGGAUGAAGAGGUUAAUCAGCAAGUCCUCUGUUGUGUCAGAGUAUCGGGUAGAUCUGCACUUUGCAAGCAGGGAGCAAUGAAGAAGUAGAGGAGGAUGGAUUAAAGAUUUGUUGGUUGCAUACCCCCAUCGCCCAAGGAAAAGGAUUGCAAAGGAUGGCUCUUACUCUAGCAAUGCAACUGCAAAGCCAGUAUAACCUCUUUCCUGGGCCUUGUUUCAUUCCCAUCGUAAAAUCUGCCAGCAGGCUGCAUUUUAGACAGGUAUAACAAUUCCAAGGCCACCUGGUUGCCAGGGUAGACUCUGUCUAAUAGGCCAAGUUGUAUUCCUGGCCUCUGUAGCAGCUGAUCUGGAGGCAGGGGAAGCUCAGUCUUAUCUUUGUGCCCUUCUGACACAAGAUGUGGCCAAUUCCGGAAAUCCAUCUAGAACAGGGAAUGGUGGACGUUGAAAUGUCUAGGCCAAUUCAGACUAACUUCUGUUGCAGCAUAGCAAAAAGGGAACUUGGUUAGCAGUGUAAGACUGAAGUGUUAAUGUGGUCAGGCAGGAAAAGGGAUGCAUUGUGGGGCCAAAGACUUCUUGUACUAAUGCAGUUUUUAAGUAUGUUUUAUCUUGAAAGGGGGGCAGUUCCCCCAACCUCAUGACGGUUGGAGGAUCGGGACAACCCCCUACUUGGCACAGGAAUCUUUUAAAAAAACCUAAUAAAUGGUAAAUUUUGUGGAUUUAUCCAUAUCCUUUUUUAAAAUGUCAUUUUAAAUUUUUUUUAAAACAUUCCAGUUGUUAACUUCUGUUCAAUGAUGGAAAUGUGGAAUCUAAAUAUAUAUACUUUAGGAAGUGGACAAAUGCAGACUCCAAUCAAUUUGUGUUAAACGGCUUUAAGAAGUGGUGGAGCCAUUAAAAAAAAAAUACAUACCAACUUUACCAGGAUAUAUCUAUUUUUCUUCCUUGCAAGGGGGACAGCUGAGUGUGUGCUUUUUUGUGGCAGAGGCUAUUCAACCACUUUAUGUAGAACUGCCGAGUGACAAUAUUGAGAGCAUUGUGCUGGUCUUGAAUAGAAGAUGGGUGGGCCUGCGUGGUUUUCCUAAUGUACUUUGCAGUUGGAAUAAAGAACCCAAAAGACUGAAA